AUGCCUUCCGAGUCUUCGCCAGCGAAGAUGGCUACAACAACGUCGGAACAAAAGGAGAAUAAGCCCAAUAUCAACCGAUUCGUUCACCGAUUCCAACCGGACGAUGAAGUCAACGUGACAAGCAAAUCACUUCCACCCCUCCCUCUUCCUAUAAAUCUCAACAGUUUUUCGUGCUCUCUCUCCAACAUGGCUCCAGGUCCCCCCGCUCCUCCUCCUCGCACCGCGCGACAAAGGAUCGGAACGAUCCAGAGCUACGUUACUUCCUUCGACAAACAAAUCGACAAGGUCAUCGAUGGAGCAAGACUGUGGCAGCGAGACCAAAAAGUCAUCCGCGACCAAGAAGCUUCGGAAGGCGGUCAACAACAUGAUGUGGAUCGCGUCCAUGCGCCUCGGAUCGCAGAGUCCCUGCAACGGAUGCUGCAACAAGUCGGUGAGCUUCCUGUUCUCUUAGGGAACAAGGUAUCUGACGCUAAGUCUAAAGCAUUCGAGUCAGGAUCCGACCCAGAAGAAGUCGAGUCAUUAGGACUCGCACUGGUAUCUAGUUAUGCUCCGAUCCUGAAUGAAAAGAAAGUAAUCAUAGCAGAUCUGCUUACCAUUCUAACUGAUUACACUGUGUCUUAUGAGUUAAAUGUUAGCGUCCCAUCUUCUCCAGAAGAAAUUUUGGAGGAAAUGGAACGGUCCUUCGAGGAGUCCACACUCCAAGAAGAGGAGAAAGAGGUAUCACCACCUCUUGUCUCUAAAUCACCCACACCAAUCACCAGCCCACCAACUCACCCAAUCACCAGCCCACCAAAUCACCCAAACCAAACACCACAUCCUGAAACAACCACCACCGAGGAGAAUAACUCGGCUCACCCUCAGCCACACCAGAUACCAGAAACACCGAUCCUUAUGAAUACGGGAAGAAAUACCCAUUACCAAGGAAUUAACAGAGCACCCGAAAAUAUAUCAGACACUUACUUCAAUACAAACUUCCGUAACCCAAGAGUACAACAACUCUUCGAUAACACCACCAACUACAGUAAUCAACAAUCACACAACGCGACAAGAUAUCCAUUUCACACCGAACAUUUCAGACAACAGAAUCAUUCGGUAUACAGAGGAAAUUCACAAGAUGCUCGUACUAUGCAAAACCCAUCCGCUAACCUGAAUCACUCGCGAAGUCACAACAAUGAAUACGUUUCAAAUCAGCAACGGUUUCUUCAAAACUAUGCGCGCUUUGUGGGUGAAUCCAACCAGCAACAAAAUUCAAAGAUAAACAAUAACAUCGAAACAGCCAUACGACAACAGAGAACAUCUAUAUGCGAGCUCUGUGAAGGCAGACAUCUACUCGCAGCUUGUACUGUGAGUAAAGAAGUGCUAAUGCGUUACUGCGCCUCCACGGGAAGGUGUACAGAAUGCACAUCUCUUCUGCAUGAGUAUUUCAACUGUCCAAUGCGGCGAAAGAAACAUGAAGAUGCUGAGAUAAGGCAAAAGGAAAAGGAAUUGGAACUACGAUUCCUAAUGAAUUCUAACUCAGCAGAAAACCACUCGCCAACUGAUUCUUCUACUCCGAAGAAGGCAAAGUCUCAGCAACAACAAGAAAGCUUCCUACCAGAUCCAAAAAAGGAAACAAACAGCAGCAGAGACUCCAAUAAUAGAGGAGAAAGAUACAUGGACAGCUCGAUAAGCGAGGGACUUUUCGAUCAUUUCAGACACUGCGCUCCAUUCUCAGGAGACAAAACUUACUACCCAAAAUUUAGAUCGCUAUUUAACAAAAUGGCAAUUCAAGGAGACACUGAUUUAGACAUCGUCAGAGACACCCUUCUCGAAAAAGUGACUGGAAAAGCAGCAGUACACCGUUCACUCGUAAACGACGCCAAAAAGGCAAUCCUCAUCACAUUCCAAAAUCUAGAUAGAGUAUAUCUAGACCACGUCAGCGUUAGAAGUCUGGUCCGAGAGCUCGAAAAAGUAAGAGUGGUAUCAGAUAAUUCUGAGAACUUCAUUCGCAACCUCGGAGUAGCUCGGCAACUUUAUGACCAAAUACAUGAUGCAGAUCCACUGUUCUUUGAUCACCAAGCCACCCUUUCCCUCCUAGCUCGAAUGCCAUUUAUAGUAAGACAAAAAUGCGCAGCUAAAAGAGGGAACAGAACACUCACAACUGAAUACAUCUUCCCAAAAGCCGAAGCAUUACUCGGUGAAAUGUUAGCAGAUGAAGAACUAACAGGAAGGUGUCCAGAAAAUCUGCGUGCAAAGCAACGCAAUAUGGAUGGUCUGAACACACACGGACUAGGUUCCUCCGACUAA